UCAUGACAGGCAAAAAAGAGAAGCAGGCUGGCCCAUAUGACAAUUUCAACUGCUUCGUCGUCGCGUCCUCAAAACACUUUGAAUGAGAAAGCCAGAGGUCCCGCCCCUCUGACCUUUUCCAAUGGGAAGGAGGUGAGAAGAGAGGGGACGCAACGAGGCACUUGAGAUUUACCCAUACACAGAACAGAGCAAGCACGUUUUUCCGUGUCAGCAUCGUGUCUUUGUGCUACAGGAGCGACUCAGACAGAAUCAUAGACAUUGAAUAGAAAAAACUACGCAAGGACAGACACAGACAACAAGCUAAAAGCUGUGUCCUCACAGGAUCGAGCAAUGUCUAGUUUAAAGAAAAGAAAUUCGAAUUCGUCAGUCGACCGGGAUGUGGAAGACAAGGAGGUUACGGAGAAGAUGCUCUCUCCGGCCGGAGGGGAGAAUGGAAACUCGAGCCGAACGGGAGGCGCACCGGGAAGCCCGGACAAGGUAUCUGUACCCGGCGAAGAUAAGGUUGUCCUAGAAAGAACCAUUACCCUGGUGAACGGCGUAGCUAUCAUUGUGGGUACCAUUAUCGGCUCGGGUAUCUUUGUGACCCCGACUGGAGUGGUAAAGGAAGCCGGGUCAGUCGGACUGUCCCUUGUUGUUUGGGCAGUGUGUGGAGUGUUCUCAACCAUAGGUGCCCUGUGCUAUGCUGAGCUGGGCACCACUAUUUCCAAAUCAGGUGGAGACUAUGCUUACAUCCUUGAAGUGUAUGGUUCCCUGCCGGCUUUCCUGAAAUUGUGGAUCGAGUUGCUCAUCAUCCGGCCAUCAUCGCAGUACAUUGUCGCGUACGUCUUCGCUACCUACCUCCUCAAGCCCAUUUUCCCUGACUGCCCAGUGCCCGAGAAUGGGGCGAAGCUGAUAGCCUGUCUUUGCAUCUUGCUGUUGACUGCUAUAAACUGCUACAGUGUGAAGGCAGCCACGCGGGUCCAGGAUGCCUUCGCCGCUGCCAAGCUCCUUGCCUUGGGCCUCAUCAUUAUUGUGGGCUUUGUGGAGAUUGGCAAAGGUGACACCGUCAACCUCCUGCCAGAAAAUUCUUUCAAGAAUUCAAAUUACAAUUUUGGGAACAUUGGUCUGGCCCUGUACAGUGGUCUGUUUGCCUAUGGGGGCUGGAAUUACUUGAACUUUGUUACGGAAGAAAUGAUUGAACCUUACAAGAACCUGCCUCGUGCAAUCAUCAUCUCCCUUCCCAUUGUCACGGUGGUGUACGUACUAACUAACCUGGCCUACUUCACUACUCUGAGCCCAGAUGAGAUGCUCGGCUCUGAGGCAGUGGCUGUGGACUUUGGAAACUACCACCUGGGUCCCAUGGCUUGGAUCAUCCCUGUGUUUGUGGGACUGUCCUGUUUCGGCUCUGUCAAUGGCUCUCUCUUUACAUCAUCCAGGUUGUUCUUUGUGGGCUCACGAGAGGGCCACCUCCCUAGUCUGCUGUCCAUGAUCCACCCCAACCUGCUGACCCCUCUGCCGUCACUCAUCUUCACAUGCCUGAUGACGCUGCUGUACGCCUUCUCCAACGACAUCUUCUCCGUCAUCAACUUCUUCAGUUUCUUCAACUGGCUCUGUAUUGCCAUGGCGAUCAUUGGCAUGAUGUGGCUGCGCUACAAGAAGCCUGAGCUGGAACGACCAAUCAAGGUCAAUAUCCUGCUGCCUAUCAGCUUCGUCCUGGCUUGUAUGUUCCUUAUCGUGGUGUCCAUCUGGAAAACACCUGUGGAGUGUGCCAUCGGCUUUGGCAUCAUUGCCACGGGAGUGCCAGUCUACUUUAUUGGCGUUUGGUGGCAAAACAAGCCCAAAUGGCUCCUUCAAUUCAUCUUCUCUUCUACAGCCCUGUGCCAGAAGAUGAUGGAGGUGGUACCACAGGAGUCCUAAAGAGGAGAUAAAUCGAUGAAGCCCCUCGAGACGGAAAACCCAGUAACUGCUCAUCUACCCUGCACCCCUACGCCUGCCCCCAGUGUACACCCUAACUCAGCCCCUAUCGAUGUGUUCUUCAAGCACACUCCAAUCAUUUCCCCUGAUCUCCUAGUGAAGGAGAGCUAUGCUGCAGACUGGUUUACAUGUCAGAGCCCCUCCUUCAUUCCUCCGCACCAGGCAGGGGCACGGCCACCUCCACCCUGCUCAUAGGCCGUUUGAUAAGUGCUGGGAUAUAUUCAGACAGGUUUUCACUGCAAAGUAUCCGUUUAAAUGGGCCAGUACAGUCAAAAACAUGGUGAUCCUGUGUUUCAUAUUUCCAUACUACAAGGUUGGAAUAAUACUGUGAAAUUGUGAAAAUUAUCAUAAUGCCCUUUUCGUGUAAGAGCUAUUGGAAAAGACUACCUGAAAUGUCUGCCUGUUUUGGUGGGAUGGAGCUUUGGCCUGGCUAGUGACAUCACCAGGCGGUAAUUUAGUUAAUAGACCAAUAAGAAAGAGUUCCAAAAAUCUCAGCCAACAGCUAGUUUUCAGUUGUCCCCUCCCCACUCAGAACAUUCCCAGUCAGUCCUAGCAAAAGUCUUGCUUGAGAAAUUGUUCUUUGCUAAGAAGCUAUUUUUUUUCUUCUUUUUGACCAUUUUCAUGGAAAACAAUCACAGUAAGGUCCUUAAUUGUUACCCAGAAAUGAUUUUCUAUUGCGAUAAAAACUGCUGCAUUGGACCUUUUAAAGAUUUUGUUGAUUUGUAUUUUUGAAUAUCUUUGUACUCUUAUCCAACCAUGACCCACAAGUGUUGUUUUUAUAAGAAUGAUGUUACUUUUAUUUUUCAUAUUUGAGUUGCAGAGAAACGUCUUCUCGUUCAAACUAUUAUUUCACUGAGGGUUUAGCAUCCGUGUGUUUGUGUAAUUACAAUCUGUGCUUUCAUGUAGUUGUGAUGGACACUUGUGGCCUGGCUUUUUGCCAAUUCCUUGUAGGCUAAAGCUAGAACUUUUGUUCAGAUUUUCAUGGUAGACUCACUGUUUCUCAGUAGUUCUGCCAUUACCCAGUCAGGCAGUCAACUGCUUCCCAGUAGGGUAUCAUCUCUGUGUUGCCAUGGCUUCUAUUUCAGCACCUGACAGACUAUAUAAUGCAGCCAUUAUGUGUUGUCAUCUGGGUGUGUAUCUAAAUAUCUGUGUAUAUUUGUGUUUUCUGUAUGCUUUUAUGUUUUCAGCUUUUGGGCGGGAAGUAUUUCAUGUAUUUGUAAAGAAUUAGCCAAACAUGAAGGACCCACAGAUAACAUUCGCUUAAACUAGUGCCUCUGAUGAAGCCAAGGCUAUUAAUUUCCCCGACUACAGACACAGUACAAGUCAUCUGACCCCAGAGAAGCUGAAGACAGAGGUAGACAGGUAAAUGCACGUGUAACAGCGAUUGGAGGAGUGUCAGCGGUAUACUUCCUAUGUGAUAGCACCCCUCCCCUCCGUCAUCUAUGGCAGACCAGACUGGUUCACUGCGCCUAGACUGUACACGUUGGAAAUCCCUGCUUUGGCAGUUAUUUUUUUAAUUCUUUGUAGAUAUGAAUUUCUACUUGAAUUCGUUUAUUUUUAUAGGUAGAUGCUGUGGAGCUUUUUUUAGUGCUGUCAAUUAACUAUUUUGUAAAUCCAGGGAAUUCGAUAAUUCCUAUUAGAUUUCUGGUUCACAAUACAGGGGACAUUUUAAUUAGAGUUAUUAUUACAACAAUUUCUCGUAUACAAGUUGCUUGUGUCCUGUGAAGGUCUGUUACUCAAUCACCAGUAGCCUUCUUACUGUACAAUGUCUCAGCUCAGUGGACCUCGAGUAUCACAUGAAUAUAAUCUAGCUGAUUGUAAACCUUACACAUCCAACAUCAUGGUUUUUUAAUACUGGCAUUAACACCAGCUUAUGAACAUAAUAGUUGCCUGCUUGAGCACUCUUCAUUUGUUCUUAGAUCACAGUGAUCUUGUGGGUAUCAUCUGAUGCACAUUGGUGUUGUUGCUAUAAUACUACUGUUAAGUUAGUGUUUUUAUAACAGAGCAGGUUGUAACAAAGGCCCACGAUAGGAGUACUGAGGUCACAGCCACUAUUUUUACCUACGACGACAAGGGUGGCUAAUAACCUUAGAUAUUGGGUUAGAAUGGGCCGUUGUGCGGGAGUGUGUGAGAUCAUGUGUCUAAGAAUAGGUUCAUAGCUGUGAAUAUUGUUUUAGUGUUUCUGUGCUUAUGUGUGUCUUGGUAUCCUACAUUAGAAAAGGUCUACUGAAUGUUGUCACUACUGUCAGCUACCAACUUCAUUGAAGGAUUUCAUUAUUUUAGGGUGAUAAGAUUUGGGCUGUAAAGGUUUGAUGAGGUAUGGACCAUGGUAGUGGGAGAUGGGUAGUUGUCCAGUCAAAAGGGGGGAGGCAGGCAGGGCAUUCAGAGCAGAGGUUAAAACCACAUAGUCUUUGGAUACAGAUGCCUCAGGGGGUGGGACAGUGGAGACAUAGGACAGGAGGUGGAAAGGGGGUUGGGAAGGUUGACAAGAUGAAUUCAUUGUUAUUCUUAUUAUUUUUUGCUGAAAGAAACUGUGUAGUGUACUGUAUUAACUGAACUCAUCCUCCAGAAGCUUGUCCAGACUCGUGUUCCUCCACGUUGUAUCGUUACCGUGGUAAAGAGUAUGAUGUGUUGUGCUAUAGACCAUGUGGUUGCUGUGGUAACCGUAUCGUUCACGAGUCUGGUCUCCCAUCAGUUUCUCGGAGGAUCUGUCAUUGUAUGUAGAACAGCUGCAUAGCAAGCUAACACUCCACACAUCAGAGGUCAUUUAAAUAGUACAGUAGGUUUAUUUAUUUAUUGUAGGAACUGUUAGCCUUCUAAUUUUUGGGGGUCUUUAAUUUUUUACAGGGCAUUUGUGAAAGUGCUUUAUGAAUAAAUCUUACGUUUUAUUCCAUG